CCUUUGAGAGGAGGGUUUGGAAAAGUGGCUCCUUUGUGACAGCUCUCGCCAGAUUGGGGGGCUGCUCAUUUGCAUCUCAUUAGCCAUGCGGGCAGCCGGCGGGAUAUAAGGCGGCGGCGCGGGGCGAGUCCGAGCCCCUGCGCGCCCGCGGAGCCCCGGCCGGCGGCGCACCGGACCCCCAGCCUGGCGCGCAGCCUCCGCCGCGACCCGGUCCGGGACCCCGGGUGUUGACCUGGAUGGCACUGGCUGGGUCCCCGCGAAAGACUCGGGUGCAGGGCGCUGCCCGGACCGCGGCCGCCGAGUGAGACGGCCGGGCCGCACCCGCGCGCGCUCCGCCGGCCCCGGAUUACCGCCUCGCGCGUGGGAUUUCCAGACCCCGGCUGGCUAAUCGGACUCGCGGAGAGCCUUGCAGCUCGCUGGGAACUGGGCUGAAUAUCUGGACGCUUUCUCUCCCUCUUUUUUUGUUUUUUUCUUUCUUUCUUUUUUUUUUUCCUGCGAAGAAGCUUGAGACAAAACCAGGAAGCAGACGACCCCUACCUACUCGAGGAUUGGAAGAAAGGGGAAAACCGAAAGUUGCCGCGCCAGGAGCAGUCUCUCCGGGGAGCCUUUUUUUUUUUUUUUUUUUUGCUCCUCUUGCAUCCCGGAGUCGCUGUCGCCUCCGCAGGGCGGAUCUAAGGAACCUCGGCCUCCCAGAGAGCCGGAGACAGACCCCUGCGGAAGAAAGUCCGGACUGCCCCACCCGAGGCACAGCGGAGGCACCUUCCAGCCCCCGCCCCGGGGCCGCCUCCCUCCCCGAGGGUUUCGGAAGAGCAGGGGGACGCGAGGGCAGCGAGCGCGGCCGGCGGUGCGCCAUGGGCCGGCGGUGCGCCCUGGCCCUCGCCGUGCUCUCGGCCCUGCUGUGCCAGGUCUGGAGCUCCGGCGUGUUCGAGCUGAAGCUGCAGGAGUUCGUCAACAAGAAGGGGCUGCUGGGGAACCGCAACUGCUGCCGCGGGGGCGCGGGGCCGCCGCCCUGCGCCUGCAGGACUUUCUUCCGCGUGUGCCUCAAGCACUACCAGGCCAGCGUGUCCCCCGAGCCGCCCUGCACCUACGGCAGCGCCGUCACGCCGGUGCUGGGCGUCGACUCCUUCAGCCUCCCGGACGGCGCGGGCGGGGACCCCGCCUUCAGCAACCCCAUCCGCUUCCCCUUUGGCUUCACCUGGCCGGGAACCUUCUCUCUGAUCAUCGAAGCGCUCCACACAGAUUCCCCUGAUGACCUCGCAACAGAGAACCCAGAAAGGCUCAUCAGCCGCCUGGCCACACAGAGGCACCUGACGGUGGGCGAGGAGUGGUCCCAAGACCUGCACAGCAGCGGCCGCACAGACCUCAAGUAUUCCUACCGCUUCGUGUGCGACGAGCACUACUACGGGGAAGGCUGCUCUGUCUUCUGCCGCCCCCGCGACGACGCCUUUGGCCACUUCACCUGCGGGGAGAGAGGGGAAAAAGUCUGCAACCCUGGCUGGAAAGGCCAGUACUGCACCGAGCCCCUCUGUUUACCGGGAUGCGACGAGCAGCAUGGGUUUUGUGACAAGCCGGGGGAGUGCAAGUGCAGAGUGGGCUGGCAGGGCCGGUACUGCGACCAGUGCAUUCGGUACCCUGGCUGUCUCCACGGCACCUGCCAGCAGCCCUGGCAAUGCAACUGCCAGGAAGGCUGGGGGGGCCUUUUCUGCAACCAGGACCUAAACUACUGCACACACCAUAAGCCCUGCAAGAAUGGGGCCACCUGUACCAACACGGGCCAGGGAAGCUACACCUGCUCUUGCCGGCCUGGGUACACGGGGGCCAACUGUGAGACAGAGGUGGACGAGUGCAGGGCCAGCCCCUGCAGGAACGGAGGCAGCUGCACGGACCUCGAGAACAGCUACUCCUGCACCUGCCCACCUGGCUUCUACGGCAGGAUCUGCGAGCUGAGUGCCCUGGUGUGUGCCGACGGCCCCUGCUUCAACGGGGGACGGUGCUCGGACAACCCCGAGGGAGGGUACACCUGCCGCUGCUCUGGGGGCUUCUCUGGUUUUAACUGUGAGAAGAAGAUGGAUUCCUGCAGUUCCUCACCCUGUUCCAAUGGUGCACGGUGCGUGGAGCUUGGUGAUGCUUACGUCUGCCACUGCCAGGCUGGCUUCUCCGGGAGGCACUGUGAUGACAACGUGGAUGACUGUGCCUCCUCCCCGUGUGCCCACGGGGGCACCUGCCGGGACGGCGUGAACGAGUACUCCUGCACCUGCCCCCCCGGGUACACGGGCAGGAACUGCAGUGCCCCUGUCAGCAGGUGUGAGCACGCGCCCUGCCACAACGGGGCCACCUGCCACGAGCGGGCCCUCCGCUACCUGUGUGAGUGCGCCCCGGGCUACGGGGGCCCCAACUGCCAGUUCCUGCUUCCCGAGCCGCCCCCGGGCCCUGUGGUGGUGGACCUCACCGAGAAGUACGUGGAGGGCCAGGCGGGCCCGUUCCCCUGGGUGGCCGUCGGCGCGGGCGUGGUCCUCGUCCUCACGCUGCUGCUGGGCUGCGCCGCCGCCGCGGUCUGUGUGCGCCUGAGGCUGCAGAAGCGCCGGCCCCUCGCCGAGCCCUGCCGGGGGGAGACGGAGACCAUGAACAACCUGGCCAACCGCCGGCGGGAGAAGGACAUCUCUGUGAGUGUCAUCGGGGCCACGCAGAUCAAGAACACCAACAAGAAGGUGGACCUCCACGCGGAGCCCGGCGCCGAGAAGAACGGCCUCAAGGCUCGAGACCCCGCUGCGGGCUACAACCUGCUGCAGGACCUCAAGGGUGCCGCUGCCUCCGGGGACCCCCACGGCACGCGUGAUGCCAAGUGCCAGCCGCAGGGCUCUGCGGGGGAGGAGAAGGGCGCCCCAGCACUCAGGGGUGGAGAAGCAUCUGAAAGAAAAAGGCCAGACUCUGUGUACUCCACUUCGAAAGACACGAAGUACCAGUCGGUGUACGUCAUAUCCGAGGAGAAGGACGAGUGUGUCAUCGCAACGGAGGUGUAACGUGGAGGUGAUGUGGCAAAUCCCCGUUUCUCUUAGAAGAAGUGAACUUCCGAGGAUGUCUGCCCCGACGAUGCUGCUGAGAGGAGCGGAGGCGCGCGUGACGGCUGCUGGGAAGCCAGGCCCCUUCCCGCCGGGGGCGGCCCGCGGGCGUCCGGGCGCUGCCGCGCUGCCUGUUAGGACGUCUCCAUUGCACUAUGGACAGUUCCUUUUAAAAAGUAUAUAUUUAAUGGAUGGACUUGACCACUACGGAAGAAGCACGCACUGCCUGGAGUGUAUAUUUCGGAUUCUUAUGAGCCAGUCUUUUCUUGAAUUAGAAUCACAAACACUGCCUUUAUUGUCCUUUUUGAUACUAAAAUGUGUUUUUCUAGGUGGAAAAAAAUGUGCGUUAUUUUUUGGACUUGUAAAAAUAUUUUUCAUGAUAUCUGUAAAGCUUGAGUAUUUUGUGAUGUUCAUUUUUUAUAAUUUAAAUUUUUGGUAAAUAUGUACAAAGGCACUUCGGGUCUAUGUGACUAUAUUUUUUUGUAUAUAAAUGUAUUUAUGGAAUAUUGUGCAAAUGUUAUUUGAGUUUUUUACUGUUUUGUUAAUGAAGAAAUUCCUUUUUAAAAUAUUUUUCCAAAAUAAAUAUUAUGA